GGUCUUUGCUAGUCUGCGAUUUCAGCUAGUAGCCCUGGGCGGGAAGACACCCUGUUCCCCACCCUCAUCCUGUCCCUCCCCCUCCCCCUCUGCAACUCCGGCGUCUUGGAUCGCUGCUCUCUCUUUUAUCCUCCUUUCUCUACAGCUGGGCCGGGGCAGUCACUGGAUGCUUGGGGUUAAAUGGUGCGGGAGGAUAGACGCGGAGGAGUCCCCGGGAUUUUCCACGUCUACCUUCCCACCCACAAUCCCGGACGCAGGGGUCCAAUUUGGACCGACCCAAGCCCAUACUUUCUUUUUUGCAGGCAAACUGUGGGUGACCGCGCCUGCGGGGGACUUUGCCAUCCGUCCACUGGGACCUGGGGAGGAGAAGCCAGAAGCCUCCCAUCCCCUCCCCCUCCACCAAUUCGGAUACCCCGCAGAGGCUUGCUUUGGGGUUCUCACUGAUUUCCAAGAAGGACGCGUGCCCCUCUCUGAUCCCAGCGCGGGCGGCCACCUGUCUUUGCCGCGGUGACCCCUCUCCCAUGACCCUGCGGUGCCUCGAGUCCUCCGGGAAUGGCGCGGAAGGGACGCAGAGCCAGUGGGGGACCGCGGGGUCCGCGGAAGAGCCGUCCCCGGAGGCGGCGCGUCUGGCGAAGGCCCUACGGGAGCUCAGUCAAACAGGUUGGUACUGGGGAAGUAUGACUGUUAAUGAAGCCAAAGAGAAAUUAAAAGAGGCACCAGAAGGAACUUUCUUGAUUAGAGAUAGCUCGCACUCAGACUACCUACUAACAAUAUCUGUUAAAACAUCAGCUGGACCAACUAAUCUGCGAAUCGAAUACCAAGAUGGGAAAUUCAGGUUGGACUCGAUCAUAUGUGUCAAAUCCAAGCUUAAACAGUUUGACAGUGUGGUUCAUCUGAUCGACUACUACGUUCAGAUGUGCAAGGAUAAGCGGACAGGCCCAGAAGCGCCCCGGAACGGCACCGUUCACCUUUAUCUGACCAAACCGCUCUACACAUCAGCCCCGCCUCUGCAGCAUCUCUGUAGACUCACCAUUAACAAAUGCACCGGCACCAUCUGGGGACUGCCUUUACCAACAAGACUAAAAGAUUACUUGGAAGAAUAUAAAUUCCAGGUAUAAGUGUUUCUCUUUUUCUAAACAUGCCUCCCAUAGAGUAUCUCCGAAUGCAGCUAUGUAUUUAAAAAAAAAAAAAAAAGGAACCAAAACUUGAGUCACUACUCUGGAUAACUACUCGGAAUUCUAAAAACAGCUGAAGUCCAUCUAACUUAAACGUGUGACGAGGUAGCUAGGUAUUUAAAGUUUCCCCCAAAUGUUUUCACCGGAGUAAUGCUUCCUUUCCUAAGGCUGACCAAGACCAGCUGAUCCUUUUAAGUUAAAAAUAAAAUGUCCUGAGUAGAGGCUGAAGGAACAUUUUAUCAGAAUGCCUUGCCUUCCCAGGGUUCCUGUUUGUUAGGAGAAGGCCCAGACCCUGGCGGUAGAGCGAGAACUCCGUGCAGGAGCACUGAAGAAGUCGAAGGAAAAAACUGACGCAGGCUUAGCUUUAAUUUUACGUGCCUGGUGAUCAGAGUCUACUUUAGGACGUUUUCUGUUUUUGCGUUCUUGAUGUACCUAGGAGUUUUGUUAAACAGAUCCUGCUUGUGAGUAUUUAUCCUCCUUUUUAUGCAAUUAACCAAAUCAACCAAAAAAGUGACCAUGAAAUCCUGUAUUUGACUUUUUACUACAUGUAUGAACUCUCUCAUGUGAAUGAGUACUGUAGUAAUCCAUUUUAAGGGAGCCUUAUUUCAGAAAUAUUUCAAACUGGUGCAAACGGAAAAGACUUUGUCUUUUCCUUUAAGGCUAAAGAAUGUCGUGCUAUACAGGUGCAACUCAAUCCCUGUUAAUAAAACCAUGUAGAUACAGACAUUUUAUCCUUUGAAGUAGCUGUAUCCCAACCUGUUGCCAUUGACUUUUGGGAAACAGCUUUAGAAAUUUCCAAGUUGUCCUUGAAUUGUCUGACCACGGACAUCAGCACUUGGUCUCCCUUCUACCAUGUAGAAUACUUCGACUUAAUUUUCUUCCAGAGAUAGGGGGAUACUUGCCUGUUUUUCAAAGUGUUUAUUUACUGCUGUUACUAUUUGAUUAGAAUGUAUUAAAUAAAAAUACUUGACUUUUA